AGUUUUCUUACCGGAAAUUGCACUAUAAUAUUACGGUGACUGCAGAUUUAAAAACUUCAGACAAAGAAACAGAAGUCAACACGUGUAGUGUUGUGUCUUCCUUUGAAAAUUCGUUUCUCUAACCGUUACAGUAAAAAAAACAACACUUAUAAAACUUCCUCAAAAAUCUCUCUGUGUCUCCUUCCUUCUCACUCACCAUCAUGGCUAUCUCCAUCUGCUUCUCUCUCCUCCUCAUCUUCCUUUCCCAGUUCCCUUCCUCACAUGCAGAGCCUUUCAUCGGAGUUAACUACGGUCAAGUCGCCGACAAUCUCCCUCCCCCUUCUGAAACCGCCAAGCUCCUCCAGACAACUUCAAUCCAGAAAGUGAGACUCUACGGCGCAGAUCCCGCCAUCAUCAAAGCCUUAGCCGGAACCGGCGUCGGCAUCGUGAUCGGCGCCGCGAACGGAGAUCUUCCUUCUCUCGCCGCCGAUCCCAACGCCGCCUCCCAAUGGAUCAGCGCCAACGUCCUCCCUUUCUACCCCGCCUCCAAGAUCAUCCUCAUCACCGUCGGCAACGAGGUUCUGCUGUCGACAGACCCAAACCUGGCGAACCAGCUCCUCCCGGCGAUGCAGAACGUCCAGAAAGCGCUCGAGGCGGCGUCGCUCGGCGGGAAAAUCAAGGUGUCGACGGUGCACGCGAUGUCGGUGCUUGGUGUCUCGGAACCGCCGUCUUCCGGUUCGUUCGCGUCCGGUUAUCAAGCCGGUUUAAAGGGUGUUCUGCAGUUUUUGAGCGACACCGGCUCGCUUUUCGCUGUCAAUCCCUACCCGUUCUUCGCUUACCAAAGCGAUCCGAGACCUGAAACGCUGGCGUUUUGCCUCUUCCAGCCUAAUGCGGGUCGACCCGAUCAUAACACCGGGAUCACGUACAUGAACAUGUUCGAUGCUCAGGUAGAUGCGGUUCACUCGGCUUUGAAAUCAAUGGGAUUCGAAAAGGUGGAGAUCGUGGUGGCGGAAACAGGUUGGGCUUCACGAGGGGACCCCAACGAAGUUGGACCUAGCGUGGAUAAUGCCAAAGCUUACAACGGAAACCUAAUAGCUCAUCUAAGGUCAAUGGUUGGCACACCUCUAAUGCCUGGAAAGUCCGUCGACACUUACAUUUUCGCACUCUAUGAUGAGAACCUGAAGACUGGACCAUCUUCUGAACGGGCCUUUGGGCUUUUCAAAACCGAUCAUUCCAUGGCCUAUGAUGUAGGCCUUGCCAAGAGUAGUACUGGUAGUAGUAGCAGCAACAGUAGUAGUCAGACGCCAUCGGGAAAAGUGACGUCAACGGGGUGGUGUGUACCAAAGAAAGGUGCCACGGAUGAGCAGUUGCAAUCGAGCAUUGAUUGGGCGUGCGGACAAGGAAUAGAUUGUGGGCCGAUACAACCAGGAGGAGCUUGUUUUGAGCCAAACAAUGUGGCGUCACAUGCAGCCUUUGCAAUGAAUAUGUAUUUUCAAAAGUCUCCUAAAAGGACUACAGAUUGUGAUUUCUCUCAAACCGCAACAAUCACCUCCCAAAACCCUAGUUAUAACAGUUGCGUCUAUCCUGGAGGUGGAGGAGGAGGAGCAGGAAGUGCAGGAGUAAUGAACAAAUAUGUGAACUCAGACAAAUUAGAGAGCAAAAAGAAUGGAGCAGUAGAACCAAAAGUUUAUUCUUCUCUAUCUUUUCUAAUCAUCAUUAUGUCCCUAAUCCUCCAUGUAUAUGUAAUGGGGCGAUAAGCUUCAUGGGGUAGUUUAAUUAUCUACUACUCUUUACUUCUUGUGUUCCACACUCCUUUGUAUUUGCGUAAUCAAGUUGUGUUAUUAGUCUUGUAAUAGUUAUCACACAUUUUCUAUAAAUAAUAUUUUAUUGUAGUUGUAA